UUGUGUAGGACGCCAGUGAACCAAGUCACGUCACGUAACGGAGACGAGGAAAAUCAGGACAGGACAGGCAGGGUCAGUGCUGUGCGUGCAGUGGCCUUCAUCCACCACGGCUUCUCAUCUCAUCUCAUCUUAUCUCAUCAAACUCUCCCUAACCUAAUCCACUCACUCACAACCACCGCCCUUCGUCACACGCCCGCACUUCUCACCCGAACCCCCGGGACUGCAUCACGAUGUCCCUCAUCCGCCUCAUCAUACGCACCGCGCCGCCGACAACACAGUCCAUCCCCUCCCUAUGGCCAUUCACGCUCCGUCCUCUACUCCGAAAAUCUCUUCAACCCCGUCAGCCAUGUAGUCCGAGGCGGCCUUUCGCCUCCGCCGCCCCGAAUCCCGCCCCCCGGACCGCAACAUCAAACCCGACCGGCGUCGGGGGCUCUACCCGGACCGGAAACCCCCAACUGCCCGAGAGACUACUUAUAUACCACUCAGGCACCGGCCGCACAGCCUUCCUAGCUUUUUGGAAGAUCACGAGUGUCUUCUCGUGCGCCUUCUUCUGCCUCGUCGCCGCACCCAGCUACAUCCGCGCUGAGGACAAGACCCUCGUACAGGCAGCAGGAUUGGCCGCCUGCGGCAUCAUCCCCCUCCUCUUCGUCGCCUACACCUCGGCCCCCUUCGUUACCUACAUCUAUCUCCGCCUGCCCCCUUACGCACGGCAGUCCCGCGCCCUCCUCGAACGCUACGUCCGCACUCUCCCGCCGACGGCCCAGCUCGAGAUUGGCACCAUGGGCCUCGCCACGCGGCCCCGAACGGCCCUCGUCACGGCCGCCGACCUCCGCCCCGUCACGCCGGGAGCCGCAGGAGGGAGCCUCGCGGCGCGUUUCGGCCUCGUCACGCACGUCCGCGACGUCUCAGCGCUCACAGCGAAGCGCAAGUGGCACCACUACCGUCCCGUGAGUCAGUUCGGCAUCCGCGAAGACAUCGCAACCUCCGGCGGUGGCAGCAAGAGCGGCGGCAAGGGCGCCAGCUACGGCGUCAAGGAUGGCUGGGUCUGGACCAUUGUCCGCGAGUCGUUGGGUAAGCGCAAGUAAGUUGUUGGUUGGUUGCGAUACCCAAGAUCCCCGCCGCGGCCAGCCAGGGUGGUAUUAUGUACGAUUCAAGCAGAAAAAAGGUGAGCGUCGGGAUUCGUAUACAAAGUAUACUUGGGAGGGUCUCGAUCCAGAGAAGAAGAA